AUGUCAAAUGUAAAAUCAGCAGCAUUACCCCACCUAUCAAAUACUAUAGAAUAUCUCAUUGCAAAUGCUGCCUUUACUACUAAAUAUUUAAACUCUGUCGAAUAUUUCAAUACUGAAACUUCAAUCCAAAAUAGAAUAAUUGAGAAAGUCAUUGUUUCUGGUGCACCACUACCAAAUGCUGCAGCACAGAAGAAAGCAAAAGAAAUAAUCAUUAAAAUAAAUGAUAAAAUCGCAAAGUAUCAAGAGGACUAUAAUUCAACCAUCUAUCCGGAGGCCAAAUGUAAGCUAAUAAAUCAUAUACGAGACCUUAAAAAUGUCCUCCAGAGAAAAAAAAGACCAAAAUUUAAAGAAGCAUUAGAAAGUCAUAAAUUCGGGGCUGCUGAUAGCAAAAGGAGAAAAGAAGUUAUUAAGGUUCGAAUAAUAAAUCACUUGCAAGAAGUACUAGAGUCAAAAUAUGAUGAACAUCUCUCUCGAACUACUGUGAACAAUUACCUGCUACCAUGUCAUUCAAACUCAAUAGCAGCAAAAAAAUACCAUCAUCCAACUAAUGUUCAGGUCAAAACUGUCUUAAGAAAUAAAAAAGCAGAGCAUCAAGAUAACUAUUAUUGUCUUGCCUCUGUAAAGGCAGUAAAACAGUUUGCAUCCCUAUUUUCAAUCUUUUUAGUAAUUGUGUCACAAGAUGAUAAAGCCAAAGUUCCUCUUGGCAUUUUUGCAAUUAGCAGAACUUUCCAAGUCAUACAAAGCAUCAAUGAGCCAGUUAUCAUUCCAGACCAUGACUUUCUUGUUGGUUCACAACAGAAACUUGUUCUAUCUGUUUAUUUAAUCAUUGACCCAAGUGACACAAACUAUACGCUUUGUAGCAGCCAAUUGUCAAUAUACAUCCGUCUGCAAUAUGAGAUGGGAACAAGCUCGAUAACCCAUAUGAAUGAUCUAUAUUUACACUCUUUAGAUGUAAAGAAAUGUAAUAACAUCAAAUGUUGCUCCCCUAAGCAAUGCGAAAAGGCUGCUAGCCUUCUUGCCUCAAAUGAUGGUUUUCUUCACCCUCUUGUAAUAGGAAAAAAUGGCCAUUAUAUUAAUUCAAUACAUCUAUUAGAGUAUCUUGAUAAAGCAAAAAUACCAGAGUACGACUAG